CUGUAGAAGCGGAAGUUGUUGCUCCAGCAGCCGGUCAGAGCGUGACAUUCAGCUCAUGUGUACGUAACAUCACACGUUUUAGUGUAUCUGUCAGAAUGAGUCUCCUGAGAGCAACAUCAGCUUUAACUCGAAUACACAAACCGACAAACAUCGCGCUUACACAGGUGUUGAUCAGCAGCUGUCGGUCGUGUUCAAAUGGAGUCACACCGAACGAGCGGAUACGGAACAUCGGGGUCUCGGCUCACAUUGACUCCGGGAAGACCACGCUGACAGAGAGAGUUCUCUACUACACAGGCCGGAUAGCAGAGAUGCACGAGGUGAAAGGGAAAGACGGGGUGGGCGCUAUCAUGGACUCUAUGGAGCUGGAGAGACAGAGAGGAAUCACCAUCCAGUCUGCCGCCACAUACACCAGGUGGAAACAUCACAACAUUAACAUCAUCGACACACCAGGUCACGUGGACUUCACCAUUGAAGUGGAGCGAGCUCUGCGCGUGCUGGACGGAGCCGUGCUGGUUCUGUGUGCAGUCGGAGGUGUGCAGUGUCAGACCAUGACUGUGAACCGACAGAUGAAACGCUACAGCGUGCCCUCCCUCACCUUCAUCAAUAAACUGGACCGCAUGGGUGCCAAUCCCAGCCGAGCCCUGCAGCAGCUCAGGACUAAACUCAAUCAUAAUGCCGCCUUUGUCAAUAUUCCCAUCGGUCUGGAGGGAAACCUGCGUGGGAUUGUGGAUCUGAUCCAGGAGCGCAGCAUCUUCUUUGAAGGCCCAUUCGGUCAGAGCAUUCGCUUCGAUGAAAUCCCGGCGGACAUGCGAGCAGAGGCGGCGGACAGGCGUCAGGAGCUGGUGGAGUGUGUGGCUAACGCAGAUGAAAAGCUUGGAGAGAUGUUUCUGGAAGAGAAAGUUCCCAGCGUGGAAGAGCUGAAGGCGGCUGUACGGCGGGCGACGGUACAGCGAGAGUUCACUCCUGUGCUGGUGGGCAGCGCUCUGAAGAAUAAAGGAGUCCAGCCUCUGCUGGACGCUGUGCUGGAAUAUCUGCCAGACCCCAGCGAGGUGAAGAACUAUGCCAUUCUCAACCACCAGGACACAAAUGACGGCACAAAAAUUCAGAUGGACCCGUCCAGAGAUGCUACACAAGCGUUUGUGGGUUUGGCUUUUAAACUGGAGGCGGGUCGAUUCGGUCAGUUGACGUACGUGCGGGUGUAUCAGGGCUGUUUGAAGAAAACUGAAUAUAUCUACAACACCCGCACAGGUAAAAGGGUCCGAGUUCCGAGGCUGGUGAGACUUCACGCCGAUCAGAUGGAGGAUGUCGAGGAGGUGUACGCGGGAGAUAUCUGUGCUCUGUUUGGCAUUGACUGUGCCAGUGGAGAUACAUUCACUGCUCGCAGUAACUCCAACCUCUCCAUGGAAUCUAUUCAUAUUCCCGAUCCUGUCAUCUCCAUGUCCAUGAGACCUUCUAACAAGAAUGACACAGAUAAGUUCUCGAAGGGAAUCAAUCGUUUCACCAGAGAAGACCCCACCUUCAGAGUUCAGUAUGACCCUGAGAGUCAGGAGACCAUCAUCUCCGGCAUGGGAGAACUACACCUGGAGAUCUACUCGCAGAGGAUGGAGAGAGAAUAUAACUGUCCGUGUGUGAUGGGGAAACCAAAGGUGGCUUUCAGAGAGACCGUGACCAAUGCUGUGACGUUUGACUUCACACAUAAGAAGCAGUCGGGUGGCUCCGGGCAGUACGGCAAAGUGACGGGGGUUCUGGAACCGCUAGAUACCAACACUAACACAAAACUGGAGUUUAAGGACCGGACCAUCGGUACAAACAUCCCCAAGCAGUUUAUCCCCGCUGUGGAGAGGGGGUUCAGAGAAGCGUGUGAGAAGGGUCCUCUGACGGGACACAAGAUAUCUGGAGUGCGCUUCGUGCUGGACGAUGGCGCUCAUCACAUGGUGGAUUCCAAUGAAAUCUCUUUCAUUCGUGCAGGAGAGGGCGCUCUCAAACAGGCGAUGGAGAAAGCCAAUGUUGUGAUUUUGGAACCAGUGAUGUCCGUGGAGAUUGUUGCCCCUAAUGAAUUCCAGGGGGCAGUUAUUGCCGGGGUCAAUCGUCGUCAUGGUGUCAUCACAGGACAGGACGGGGCGGAGGGAUACUUCACACUGUAUGCUGAUAUUCCUCUGAAUGACAUGUUUGGAUACUCAACAGAGCUGCGCUCCUGUACAGAGGGUAAAGGCGAGUACACCAUGGACUACAGCAGAUAUCAACCGUGUCUGCCGUCUGUACAGGAGGAACUCAUUAACAUAUACCUGGAGGCAACCGGACAGCUGCCCGCUAAGAAGAACAAAUGGAAGAACUGAACCAUCACAUCGAUCACCAUCCAAGAACAUUUAAAACAUGUCAAUUUAUUUACUGUUACUGAAUUAUUACAAAUAAUUUUUGUAAAUUCAUCUGUUCAAAAGAUUGAGUUCGGUCGUUUAUUGUAAAUGUAUUUGUACAGCAUAUGUUUGCAAGUGUAGUAAUUACGGUAAAAUAUAAAGUAAAAAUGAUGUGCAUAUUUAAAAUGAAUAAAAAAAUCUUUAAGUAUA